AUGACGGCUUGCAAUUGUUUGCUUUUACUUUUUGUAAUUUUCUAUUCAACGUACGGUGAACCGACUACCAUCGAGGAGUCCCGUAAGUUUCUGACUUCAAGGAGAUGAGUCAGAUUGACUAAAAUACUUUUUUUAUAUACUAUAAUAUAACCUAACCUCCUUAGUAAACCAUUUUGGGUAGGCUAUUUCAUUGAGUAUUACAAAACAUCAAAUUUUCAAAAACAAGCUACCUUUAAAGCCACAUCCAUGUUUAGAAUGUCCAAUCGGUAAUAAGCAGUAUGUGAACGACCACUGCUACUGCUUCAUCUCCAGUAUCGACGAUGAUGAAAUCAAAACCAAGGUCUAUCUAAUCAAAAACCAAGACGCUUGUUCUGAUGACUUCUUCAGCUGGUGGUUGUUCACCUCGUGGCCUUUCUUCAUGGUUGGAAUAGUCCUCUUUGUCUUCGGAAUCCAGCUAUGGCUUAAGAAGCGCAGAUGUCCAAGAGAAGACCGUGAAGCUCCGGUUACAAGAUGCUACACAAACCGUCCUCCAGAAUACUCUGCCAUUUAUGAAUUGCCAAAAUACAGUGAUGAAUGUCCAGAAGGUGGAGUGAAUGUAUUGCACGUUGACGGUUUUGAUCAACAUAACUCUCCUCGAAAUGGCUGUACCCGUAACAACGAAAAGUUGCCCAACAAUGUUUGA